GAGAAAGAGGUUCAGGAGAUUUCAUUAUAAAUGUGAAGCUGGAUUCAGACAAAAACAGUUUCUUGUUUACUUUAAAAAUUGUUAUUUUGCUCAUCUUUACUUGUUUUUUUAGUGUUGGCCCGAAAUGGCACCAGUCAUCGGUUAUUUUAGAGUCCGAGGUGUUGGUGAACCUAUUAUACUGACUUUGAAACAAGCUAAAGCGGCGUAUAAUUUGCGUAUCUACAAGCUUGGUGAUGCUCCUGAUUACGACAAAUCGGAGUGGCUCAAUGAGAAGUACAAAUUAGGCCUUGAUUUUCCUAAUGUACCAUAUUACAUAGAUGGAGACAUCAAGAUUACUCAGAGUUUGGCAAUUCUUCGACAUGUGGGUCGUGUAAAUGAUUUGGCACCACGGACAGAACUGGAAACAAUAAGAUCAGAUAUCUUUGAACAAGGUGCUUUUGAAAUAUUGGAUUCAUGUUGGCCAACUUGGUAUGCUAAAAGUGACCAGGAAUUUGAGGAGCGUCGACCUGGUUUGGUGUCGUAUCUGGUUGAGAAGUUGACUCACACUUCAAAUGCUCUUGGGUCAAACAAGUUCGUCCUCGGUGAUCGAGUUACUUACGUUGACUUUUUACUCUAUUCGACACUCGACUACAUCAGACUGUUUAAACCUUCCUUGCUUGAUCCACAUGCAAACCUGAAACAAUUUCUUGACCGAAUUGAAGCCUUGCCUGAAAUCAAUAAAUAUCUGAAAAGCGAGGAUUACUACCGAUUCCCAAUCACAGGUACAAUGUCCAAAUGGGGAAAUGCCAAAAGCCACGAGCCAUACUGAUCAAGCUUCUUCAAUCCGUCUAGCUUAGUUCAUUAUUAAUGUUAUUGUAAAUGGCAUUGAGUGAAAAGUACAUUUAAAAUCAUUAAACUCUUCCAAUUUGUAAAGUCAAUCUUUAAUUUAUUGUACAGUCUGCUCCAAUGAUUUGGCGCUUAUUUCGACAAAUGAAUCAGAACCAUCCAGACAAAAUCAGUUUAUUGUUGUUUGAACUAAUCUAUAAAUUCAAAUCAAUUCAUGUUGUACAUUGAACUUGAAUGGUGUGAAAAAUCAUGAGACAAAUUUUCAGCGAGAUUAAAGCGAGAAAUUAAAAACUAAA